CUUGAAUCCUUUUGUGGCGUCACCGGUGAUUCGUUUGAUUGUGAAUUGUUGCUUCUGAUCAGCGCUUUGAAGAUCAUCCGCCUACCGAGCUUCAUCGGAUCCAUGAUGAGCGCCUCAGACAAAACUUAUUGAAACUCCUGCUCGUGUAUAAAGCAUGAGCAGUUGAUGUCACAGCAAAUCUUCCGAUGACAGGUCAGCACCUCCCUCUAUGUCAAACAAUUGGAAGCGUCUUCAUUGGCAUGUCCUUUUCCCUCCUAUUGUACGGUUUCGCUUGUGCACAAGUUCUCUAUUAUAGCAGAGCUUACCCUCAAGACAAGCGUAUGACGAAGAUUGUGGUGGCCCUUCUCUGGCUAUUAGAUACGUCCGUGACGGCAAUUACCAUCAAAUUUUCAUGGUUUUAUCUCGUUGAGAACCAUUCGAAUCAAACUGCUUUGACAACUAUUCCACUCUUGCUGAGCGCAGAAUGGGCAACAUCCGCAGUGGUGGUCCUGCUCGUUCAAAGCUUCUAUGUCUACAAUAUCUGGACCCUCUUGAUGAACACCCGAUGCCGAGCGCCAUUCACAUUCACCGCCGCGCUUCUCUGCUUGAUAUCGUUCGCAUCUGGUACCGCAUUGGCCGUGGUUGCAUUGCUGCAUGACCAACUGCCCGCGUUGUUCAGCGUCAUUGCUGUCCCAGCAUCGAUGCAAGAUAUUACAGCGGCUAUUGCCGACAUUUACAUUUCAGUGUCGUUGAUAUGGAUAUUGCAUGCCAGCAAGACUGGACACGGACGUAUGGAUGGAAUUCUCCAACGAAUCAUCCUGUAUACAGUGAACCGAGGAUUACUCACCAUCAUCAUGCAAGUAGUUCUUUGGGGCACGUAUUGGGGCAUAAUUGGCAGGGUGGACUUCGUCUGGAUCAUACCACAUUUUAUGGAGAGCAAAGUAUAUGUGAACUCAAUGCUUGCGGUGCUGAACGUUCGGAAUCACUUGAGAGGAGCCAAUAGCUUGAAAGUCUUCUCGGAAUUCAUGGCUGAGGAUCUGCUCCCGGACUCCCCGAUAACCUGAGGGCGACGAUUUUGAGAGGCGCGGUGAUACGCGGUAUGCCUGGAUCGAUCAUUGGAACAGCCCUCUCUCUCGCAGCCGAGUCAACCGGCGAUG